AUGGCAACUAUAGAGGACAUUAGCUGGACUGAAUUACUGAAGAACACCAUCGUCACAGCUCAACAUGGUAAUGGCAGCAACCGAAUUGCCACGGCAACCGAGACUCUGCAACAAACAGCACAGCGAUUCGUCGAGGUGCUCAAUGAACGUGCCAGGCUUUUAGCCAACAGUGCUCAAUUUGAUACAGCGUUACGUGAUGCAGCAGCUAUAAGAGCCAUAUUUCCUGGAUCAGGACUUGGAUAUUUGUGUAAUGGUGACAUUUAUGGGCAACAAGGACACUACGAUGCAGCAAUUUCCAUAUACGAUCAAGGGCUUGAAGCAGUACCUGUUUCGGAUCCAUGUUAUCAACAGCUUCAGCAACAUCGAAUGACAGCCGUAUCCAGCAACAACAAACGCGUGGAUUUUAUCAGCCGGUUGCCAUUGGAUAUUGUCGUCACCAACAUCUUACCAAGGGUGGAUCAUUUGUACUGUUCAAAUACACCAUGCGAGUUUCUUUACAUAUCACGUGCAUGGCAGGAGCGUAUCUUGAGGCAACCCAACGGCUUACGAUUCAACUUUGGCUAUCGAUGGGUUCGCUCAUUAGAAAAGGACCAUACGCAGCUCAUCCGAUUUGCACCCUAUGUCCAAAGCUUACAAGGGGGUAUUACCGACGCUCGUUUGGGUGAUCUGUUUUCUCGAGCACGCUUUUCUAAUCUAAAGAAACUGGAUAUAAAAUGUGAUCCUACAACACCUCGCCUUCCCUUCAUCCAUGGAUUACGAUUGAUUGCCGAUUCACUUACACACUUGACCAUCUCUGACUGCCCUGGCCUUCAAUUACGUGAUAUCCUGGAGACAUGUCCCAAUCUUGUAUUUUUGAAAGCAACGAAUGUGGAUGCGGUCAUGCCUUUGUCGUCGCCAUCAAGCUAUCCCAAUCUCAAGUAUCUUUCACUUGACCGACAAGUGCAACGAACCCUCGAGCAUGAAGAUGUGAUGGAUGUCCUAAAACGACUUCCUUCUUUACGUAUGAUGGAAAUCUCGCCAAUGCCCGACACCACUUGUUUGACUAUCCUACACAAGCAUUGUCCUUAUCUACAAUUCAUUUCUUUCGAGAGCUGGAUACCGGAUUACGGCUUACUUACAGCAAAUGUUGAUCCAAAUCGAAAAGGCGUCAUAUCAGCGUAUUUCAAUGGCGACCGAUUCUAUUAUCAAGAUGACCUGAUUGAGUUUUUGUACGCACAGAGAAAUUCAUUGGAGAUCUUCAGAUUUGGUGGCGUGCAUGAAAUCGAGAAUGCCUUUUGGGAAUUAUCAGAUGAUGGGCGAGUCAAACCUCAUAGUCCAAGUGAACAUCUUAAGGUCGACCUGUCAUCUCCAUUUUCAUUUACACGCCUGAAACACCUUUCUUUUACGGAUAUGUUUCCAUAUAAAAAUGUGCCUAUGAUCCUGUGGAUUGUAUUGAAUGCUCCCAAACUCAACGCCAUCGAGAUCCCUAAUUCCCAUUUCAAGCCUGAGGUCGCAAAAGCCUUGAACAAGUUGAAGCAUAUUCGAAAGGUAGAGAUCUCACACAACGAUGUACACGACAUGGACGACAAUAUCAUCGACGACGACUACGAAGGAAUCCACCUGUUCUUGGAGCAUCAUGCUGCUUUGGGGGAUCAAUCGACACUUGAACAUGUGAUUGUGCAAAUGGACUUUGUGGAUGCGUCUGAACAAACAUGGUUGUCGUUAUUACCACAAUUGAGAUGUCUCAAGGUCCUCGAAAUACGCGGUGAAGGUGCUACUGGGGAUUGCACCCUUGCCAAAAAUUGCACACCCAUCAUUGAAAGGAUACACCGAGAAUCCCCCGCUCUCGAAAAGUUAAUUAUUAAUAGAAAGUGCAGAGUUGGUAGGCGGUCUCAUAGAGUCUUUGCAUCAUAG